CUGAUAGGUAGACCCCCACUGAGUCGGAUUGUCGGAGUUUCGGACGGCGCGAUAAAAGGUGCGGGCCCCAAGACUGCUCCCCCGAGGUGGGAUCCACGCGGUCCUUGCUCCAGACGGACGGGACGGGCCUAUCAAUCAAGUGUUGUCGUCCUCAGCAUCGCGGAUACGGGCCAGAUUGACGGUCGUUUCGCCGUGUGAUAUCGUCGAGUUCUGCAUGGAACGACGGGCUCGCUAAUCUUAUCUGCAAAUUGUCCCCCCUGACGUGCAAAUCCCUCGUGUACGUGUGCAUGUGAGUGCGUAAAGUGAAUCUUGUUGUUUUCGCCAAGAUAGUGCGCUUUAUCGCGUUCGCUGUUGUUGAGGAGUUUGCUCCAGACAUCAGCCAACCGGAAUCGCGAAAAAAAAGGUUUAUUUCCUUUGGGGCAGUUUUCAACAAGCGGUCGCACCAGCAGUUUGCUGCACCAUCUGGAAGGGUGCACCAGGACACCAUUGCAUCGGAGAACGGAAAGAGGGGAGUUCUCCAUAACAAUAGGGCACACCGCACCUCCGGGCACCUACACAUCUCCGCGCAAAUUUGCAUCGGAACGGAACGAAAGCGAAGGGCAACAAAAUAAUCACCCCCUCUUAGCAGCCCUUCCAUACUCCAAUCCUCCCACUGGCCUCGUCAAGGAGCUCGGUUUUGGUGUGUGUCGUGUAUCGAUCUAUCCGGUAAGAGGACCCCCCCCCCCCCCCCCCCCCCACGCUGGAUGGGAGGUCGGUGGAUACAUACAUCCGUCGCCUACUAAGAAGCAUCCUUGAGCGCCAACGAGGGCGAAGAAAACAAAGUCACCGUUGAACGUUCGAGAACACACAUCCUGGCCUGCUACGACGAAGUGGAAGUGGCGGAAGCUGGAGACCGGGGAUCGGGGAGCAGCAGCUAGAGGACAGCAGCAGCAGCAGCAGAAGGCGGUACGAUGAAUCCAAGGAUCGUAAUCAUUGGGGCGGGUGCGGCCGGUGUGGCAGCCGCAACCCGGCUCAUCGAGCGCGGCUACAAGAACGUGAAGCUGCUCGAGGCAGAAAAUCGCAUCGGCGGCCGGAUCCAUACCGUCCCAUUCGGUGCCAACGUCGUUGACCUGGGCGCACAAUGGUGCCACGGAGAGAAGGGUAAUGUGUGCUACGAGCUCGGUUCCAAGUAUAACGUGUUCGAUUCGAACAGUGCCCGGUACGAGCGAUUCGUCCUGACACGUUCCAACGGUGAACAGAUACCGACGGAACAGAGCGAGAAGCUACUCGGCCUGAUUUGGUCCAUCCUGGAAACGCACAAGCACGAGCUAACAGCCUACCGUGGCUCACUGGGAUCGUUUCUGGUGGGAAAAUUUCGGUCCCUUCUCGAGACGCCCGAGUACGCGGACGUCAACAAUGCGACCGCCUAUCAGGUGCUGGAGUUUUUCCAUAAAUUCGAAAACUCUAUCGAAGCAUCGGACAGCUGGUUCGAUACGUCCGGGCCCGGCUAUCUCCACUACUGGGAGUGUGAUGGUGAUCUGUUGCUGAACUGGCGAGACAAGGGCUAUCGGACGGUGCUCGAGAUACUGAUGAAACGUCAUCCGCUACCGAUCGCCUCGGAAGCGAUCAAUCUGGAGGAGUAUACGCACUUCAACAAAACGGUGGCCAACAUUAACUGGACCGCCGGUCCGGACAGUCUCGUCAGCAUACGGUGCACGGACAAUAGUGUGUACGAUGCGGAUCACGUGAUCUGUACUGUGUCGCUGGGUGUGCUGAAGGAACGCUAUCAGACGCUCUUUACGCCCGAUCUACCACCGAUCAAGCGGAACGCUAUCCAGGGUCUUUCGAUUGGAACGGUCAAUAAGCUGUUUUUGGAGUUUGAGAAACCCUUCUGGAGUCCGGGCUGGCAGGGACUGAGCCUGAUUUGGGAUGCGGCGGACUUGGAGGAGAUCCGGAAGCAUCGCGAUAGCUGGAUGGAGGAUGUGUUUGGGUUUUACAUCGUCGACUAUCAACCGAACGUGCUGUGCGGUUGGAUUUCGGGCAAGAACGCUCGCCGGAUGGAGCGUGCCAGUGAUGAGGAGGUACGCAAUGCGUGUCUGUUUUUGCUGCGGAAGUUUAUGAAGAACUGCACCAUUCCGGAACCGGUACGGUUCCAUCGUACGACCUGGUACUCGAAUGUGAACUUCCGCGGUUCGUAUACGUUCCGGUCGCUGACGACGGAUCUGUUGAAUACGUCCGCCUCGCAUCUUGCCAUUCCGCUGACCAACUCGUGCGGGAUGCCGGUGGUGCAGUUUGCUGGUGAAGCGACGCAUGAUCACUAUUACUCCACGGUACACGGUGCCGUUGAGACGGGAUGGCGUGAGGCGAAUCGAUUGAUCGAUUUGUACGAUAGACUUAUACCACCCUUCAACCAUGGUCCGAAGGCGUACGUCGAUGUGCUCAUCUUGGGCGCCGGGAUCGCUGGCCUGGGUGCCGCUAAGCAGCUGCGUAAUUCGGGCAAAAGUUUCGCCAUCCUCGAAGCACAAUCCAUGCCCGGUGGGCGCAUCAGUACGAAAACACUCCGGAAACAUCACACGGGCAGCGGACCCAAGGGAGCGAACCAGUUCGUGGAAGCUGGUGCCCAGUGGUUGCACGGCCGGCAGAACGAGCUGCACGAGGUCGCCAAACGGAAUGGGCUGCUCCGGGAGGAAACAUCGGAGGAAGGCCUGGGUGAGUUCCUGCGGGACGAUGGUUUCCGGAUAGAUGAUCAUCUGGCGAAACGGGUCGAUUUCAUUGUCGGCCAGAUACUGGAGCAGUGCGAAGAGUUUGCCCAGCGACCGGCAACGGAAGGAGGUUCCAAAGAGAAUUUGAAGGGAAGUUCGAAAGAGAAAGAAAAGGAAAAGAAUGUCUCCACCACCUAUCCGGCCUCGUUGGAGGUGUUUCUGAAGGAGCAGUUCCGGAAGCGCAUCGAGAAGGAUUUUACCGCGGAGCAGAAGGUGCUGGCCCAGCAGCUGCUCGAUUGGCACUGUCGGUUUCAGAUCAUCGACAAUUCCUGCCUGCACGUGUCGGACAUUUCGGCCAAACUGUGGGGCAGCUAUUCGUUCAAUGGCGAAAGCUGCCAGGCGCACAUUAACAUGCGGUACGGCUUUCAGGCGCUCGUCAACUGUCUGGUCGAGGAGAUCGGGCUGGAGAAGAUCGUGUACAAUAAGGCGAUCUGUGAGAUCCGUUGGUUAGAUGGCCGGGGCAAGGUGCUGGUGAAGUGUACCGACGGGACCGUGUACUGCUGUCAACAUUUGAUCGUCACGUUUUCGCUGGGUGUACUGAAGGACACGAUGGAUCAAUUGUUUCAGCCGAACUUGCCGGAAAGCUUUAGCCGAUCGAUCCGCAGCAUUGGGUACGGUACGAUCGAUAAAAUCUUCCUACAGUUCGAGGAAGCCUGGUGGGGUAAAGCGGAAGGCAUUCAGCUGGUGUGGCGGGAUGAGCUACGCAAGGAUUCACACUGGACGCGCUUCAUAUCGGGGUUCGAUGUGCUCAGCCCCGGGCCACCGAACACGCUGCUCGGCUGGAUCGGUAGCUACGGUGCGCUCGAGAUGGAAGCACUGAACGAUGAGCAGAUCGUGAGCGAUUGUGUUUUCAUUUUGGAGAAGUUUACCAAGAAAAAAGUACCUAAACCUGUCAAUUACUACUGCACACGAUGGAAUUCAAAUCGAUACAUCCGUGGCUCGUAUAGCUACACUUCCGUUAACUGUGACCACGAGAAGAACUUUAUGGCGAAUAUUACGGAGACGCUCAUAUGCAAUCAGUAUGAUAAGCUGGGUGAAGAGUCGCGUAAAAAGGAACCCACGGUAGCUCCGGUCGCCGUGAGCCAGGCAACCACUUCCGGUAGUGUAACAAGCGCUAGCAGCAGCACUGGCAGUAGCAACAGCAGCAAAACUACGUCCACGAUCACUGCAACCAGUAAGAAGGCUGCGACUACGACGGCGACUACCACGACUACGACUGCUACAGUAAGCAGUACCCAAGGUGUUGCCAAGACGACGACGGCGACGACGACGGCAACGACGACUGCGACGACAUCGUCGACAAAACCAUCUACGGUGUCUACCUCCAGCACAGGGAGUAGCAAACCGAAAACGGCCAGCGUAGCUGGAACCACUGGCAAUCAGACUGGCGUACGUAGCAGUGCCACGAUUCACUUUGCCGGUGAAGCGUGCCACGCCAAGUACUUCUCCACCGUGCACGGAGCAUAUCUUUCCGGCAUGGAGCAAGCAAAGAAGGUGCUCGAGCUGCAGUAGCAGCCGCAACCACUAGAACGUGAUAGUAACUGGGAGGGG